UGUACAACUGAAUUCGGUUAAAAAGAAAAAAAAUUUUUUUUAAUAUUUUUAUUUAAAUAAAAGAUAAGAAAAGCGCAAAGGAAAACAAAAAAAAAAACAGAAAAAUUUAAAAAAUCAAUAAAAUCGCGGAAAAGGACUUAAUUUAAACGGAUUGGCGAGUUUCUUUUAUAAGUUAGCAAAUGUUUGAUUUUGGCUUAAAUUAUUAAUGGUAGAUUUAUUUCCAAUAUAAUCGAAUAAAAAUAAGAAAAAUGAAAAAAUGACGUGAAAAGUUUUGAAUUUUCAAAUUUUGAAUAUUAAAAUUUUUGUUAGCCUUGCCCUUAAUAAUACUAAAAUAUUAUGUAUUUUUUAAGAGAACUUCAAAGGACAUUAAAAGGAAUUUGUUGUUUAAGCAGAAUUUAAAAAAUUUUCUUUAACAUGUAAAUAUCGUAAAAUAAAAACCAAUAAAAAAAGAAUUCAAAAAAUAUUGAUAAAAAAAUACAAAAAAAAUAAAAUAAGAAAAAAGAACAAUAAAAAUUUAUUGAAAACCCUAAAAUAAUUGAAAAAUCUUAUUUAACUCUAACAUUUCGCCCUAUAACUUGGAUAUUGGAUAAUGAUUGAAGAUCAACAUCAAGUUCCCAUUUCAAUGUAUCCUUUGGACAUAAAAUGCCAUCCGCAAGAAUUACAACAACAACUUUCAAAUAUCAAUAAUAAUAGUCUAACAUUAAACGGAAAUACCGGAAACGGAAGAAUGUUAACAGGAAUUUCUGCAACACAACAACAACAACAAUCAUCAUCAUUAUCAUCAACUGCUGCUUCACAAUUAACAUCAUCAACAGGAUUACCACCAGAAGUCUUAACAUCUGAUGUUGGUGGUUUACUUGAAGCAAUUCAAAAUCAUCAUCAACAACAGCAACAUCAUCAUCAUCAACAACAGCAAAUGCAUCAUCAUACAUUAGUUAAUGGCAAUAAAAAUAAUUGUAAUAAUAACAAUAAUAGUAACAAUAAUAAUAAUAACAAUAUUGAAAAUUUAACAACAACUUUAAAUGCAAAUAACCUAGGAAAUAUUAAUAAUACUAGAACAGUAUUAAUGCCAUGUAAUCUCAAUAAUUGUGGUCAUCCAUGUAACAUUAAUAAUAAUAAUAAUAAUAGUAACAGUAAUAGUAAUAGCAGUUGCGGUGGACUUAGUAUUGGUGGUGGUAGUAAUGGUGGAAAUGGUAACAGUGGAAUUAAUAAUAAUUGUUGUUGCAAUAAUUGUAAUGACAUUAGCAAUAAUAAUGGUAAUAACAACAAUAAUAAUAGUAAUAGCAAUGGUAGUAAUGGUUUAAAUGAAAAUGGCUGUAAUCAACAAAUUCAACAUCAUAGACCAUCAAGUAUUUCAAUUGGAUCUACAAUACAAUGUGGAUUUUGUUUACAAUUAAUACAGGAUCGUUAUAUAUUGAGAAUUAUGGAUAUGUCAUAUCAUGAAAAUUGUUUAAAAUGUUCAAUAUGUUCAAUGCAUUUGGUGCAUUCUUGUUUUACACGUGAUGGAAAAUUUUAUUGUCGAUUGGAUUAUGAAAGACUCUUUAUACGUAAUCGUUGUCUUGGAUGCGGUGAUAAGAUUAGCUCAGAUGAAUUUGUUAUGAAGACACAAGAGAAUGUUUUUCAUUUAAAAUGUUUUGCUUGUGUUGUAUGCGGAAUGCAAUUAAAAAAAGGCGAAGAAUAUGUUAUUAAACAAGGACAAUUAUUUUGUCGUAUUGAUUAUGAAAAAGAAGUUGAAAUGAUGCAAGGAUAUGAUUUUUAUGGAAACGAUUUAUAUCCACCAAAAAUGGAUGGUAGAAGAGGUCCAAAACGUCCCCGUACAAUAUUAAAUACACAACAGAGAAGAGCAUUUAAAGCAUCAUUUGAAAUAUCACCGAAACCGUGUCGUAAAGUUAGAGAAAAUUUAGCAAAAGAUACUGGUUUAAGUUUAAGGAUAGUACAGGUUUGGUUCCAAAAUCAACGUGCAAAAGUUAAAAAAAUUCAAAAGAAAGCAAAACAGGAUAAUCACAAUACAAAGGGUAAUAGUGAAACAGACUCUCAAGAAUCGGAUAGUAGUUUAGCUAAAAUCAAAGAUGAAGCACAUAGUGAUGAAGAAUCAAUGGAAUCACAUUUUUCAUGUAGCGAAAAAUCACGUAUAAUUAAAGAUGAAUUACAAAAUGAAAAUGUGCCAUUCAAUUGUGUCGACACUAAUAAAGAAAACUGCAAUAAAAACAAUGAACCCAUCCUUAAUACAAUUUUAGGUUUAUGUAAUUAUGCUACUUUUCAACAAUUAAUGUCAACACCAUUCGCUCAAUCCCAACAAAUGUUAAAUCCUAUCGAUCGAUUAUAUAGCAUGCAAAAUUCAUAUUUUCGUCCAGAUGAAUUUGAAUUCUCAAAUACAGGUAGUAUCGGUGGUAAUAGCGGUGUUGGCGGUAGUAUUGGUAAUAAUAGUAGUGGAGGUGGUGGUAGUAUUGGUGUUGUAAAAGAAUUAAAUGAAAAUUAAUUGAAAAAAAAAGGAUAUUUAAAAAAUAAAAAAAGGAUUGA